AUGACCCGAGAUGGACACGGGGACAGGGAGGGCCCAGUCGUUCCUGCCGCAGUUGGAUUUCUGGCUGUGUCCAGCGUCAUCACCAUGUCCGCCCCUUUUUUCCUGGGGAGGGUCAUCGACAUCAUCUACACCCACCCGGCCGUGGACUCCGGCGGGGACCUGACCCGCCUCUGCCUCGGGCUCAGCGGCGUGUUCCUGUGCGGCGCCGCUGCCAACGCCAUGCGCGUCUACCUCAUGCAGACCUCGGGUCAGCGCAUCGUGAACAGGCUGAGGACCUCCUUACUGUCCUCCGUUCUGAGGCAGGAGGUCGCUUUCUUUGACAAGAAUCACACAGGAGAAUUGAUCAACCGCCUGUCCUCGGACACUGCACUCCUAGGGCGCUCAGUGACUGAAAACCUCUCCGACGGGCUCAGGGCGGGGGCCCAGGCAGCUGUGGGCGUCGGGAUGAUGUUUUUUGUCUCACCUAAUCUGGCCACCUUCGUUCUGAGUGUGGUGCCUCCACUGUCCAUUGUCGCUGUGAUUUAUGGACGGUAUCUACGGAAACUGACCAAAGUCACCCAGGACUCCCUGGCACAGGCCACUCAGCUAGCCGAGGAACGGAUUGGAAAUAUAAGAACCGUUCGAGCUUUUGGGAAGGAAAUGGCUGAAAUAGACAAAUACGCCAGCAAAGUGGACCGCGUGAUGCAGUUGGCGAGGAGCGAGGCCCUUGCCCGGGCGUGCUUCUUCGGAGCAACCGGGCUCUGCGGGAACCUGAUCGUGCUCUCCGUCCUGUACAAAGGCGGGCAGCUGAUGGGCAGCGCCCACAUGACUGUGGGCGAACUCUCGUCCUUUCUCAUGUACGCUUUCUGGGUCGGAGUAAGCGUCGGAGGUCUGAGCUCGUUCUACUCGGAGCUGGUGAGAGGCCUGGGUGCCGGGGAGCGCCUCUGGGAGCUCCUGGAGAGGAAGCCCGCGCUGCCUUUCAACGAGGGGGUCGUUUUAGAUGACAAGAGCUUCCAGGGUGCUUUGGAGUUUAAGCGUGUGCAUUUCUCCUACCCGGCCCGCCCGGAGGUGCCCAUUUUCCAGGACUUCAGCCUUUCCAUCCCGCCAGGGUCCAUCACCGCACUGGUUGGCCCAAGUGGUUCUGGCAAGUCAACGGUGGUCUCGCUUCUGCUGAGGUUGUACGACCCCGUUUCUGGAACCAUCAGUCUUGAUGGCCGAGACAUCCGGCAGCUGAACCCCACCUGGCUGAGAUCCAAGAUUGGGACAGUGAGUCAGGAACCGAUUUUGUUUUCUUGCUCUAUCGCUGAGAACAUUGCUUACGGUGCUGACAACCCUUCUGCGGUGACGGCGGAGCAGGUGCAGAGGGUGGCCGAAGUGGCCAACGCCGCGGCCUUCGUCAGGGACUUCCCCCAGGGGUUCAACACUGUGGUCGGAGAAAAGGGCGUGCUCCUUUCAGGUGGGCAGAAACAGCGGAUCGCAAUUGCCCGUGCCCUGCUUAAGAAUCCCAAAAUCCUUCUUCUAGAUGAAGCAACCAGUGCUUUGGAUGCUGAAAAUGAGCACCUCGUGCAAGAAGCUCUGGAUCGACUGAUGGAAGGAAGAACCGUGUUAAUUAUUGCCCACCGUCUGUCCACCAUUAAGAAUGCUAAUAGGGUUGCUGUUCUUGACCAAGGAAAAAUCACCGAAUAUGGGAAACAUGAAGAACUGCUUUCAAAACCAGAUGGGAUAUACAGAAAACUAAUGAACAAACAAAGUUUUAUUUCAGCCUGAGAACCAAUUACUGGUGAACUGAAUAUGAGAGACUUUAAAGCAAAACAGCAUUGCAGAAAAAACCUUAGAGACCAUACAUAAUCUGUAGAUUAUACUUCAAGUUAUUUGAAAUAUGCCUAUUUUUUCCCAAAGCGUGUAAAAUAUUGUUUUGAAAUGUGCCUGUUUUCAAGACCUUUUUAUCCAGAGUUUUAAUAGUUGUAAUUUUCUAAAUGUCUAUGACACUGAAGUUAUUUUCAGGUUUUGUACUUUCUUUGAUCUUGGAAUAUUUGAUGAAUAUAGCAUUGGACCUCAUUUUCUUUGGCCUACAGCUAUGGAUUGAUGCUAUUGUUAAAUGGCAACUUUCAAAAGGGAAUUAUAACUGAGAAGCCUAAUUAUUUUAGGCUAGUUUACCGAUCACUGUGUAAUUCUCUUGGUAGUAUUUCACCUACUUUGGGUUCUCAUUUUACUAGGUAUGAAAAUCUAACCCUUUAUUUUAUCCUGAUAAUCUCAGGGAGUGAACCUGAGUGACAUACAAAAAUAGCGAACAUCAGGUGGAGAGAAGGGAGUGUCUGUACUGCCCGUGUCCUUGUCUUCAAAGGUGCGAGAGUUUAGGAGCAUGUGUUCCCGUGGGAUGUGACUCUGUUUGAAUGUGUGCAGUGUCAACCUUUUGGCACAUGAAAGCCUGAUGGAUUUUAAAAGGGGAGAAGAAAGCUUCUAACAGGAAAGCUUCUAUUUUCUCUAUUCACGCAUUUGUUUCUGUGAGUUCUUUUGGUCAGCGAGGCAUGGACUGCCAGAUUUUAUGAAGAAAGAUAGAUAAAAGUGAAUUUUAUAUUCAAGUUGUCUGAAAGCAUGAUUUUGUAAAAUUAUUUGUUAAAAACAUAAUUCCAAGAUAAAUUGAUUUUAGUUUUUUAUACUUUUGAAAUUUUACUAGUGAAGCUAGAAUCUGAAGAAUAUAACUGCGAUUGUCAGCCUUAAGACAUUUGGAGAGGGCUGGCUGGUUAAUUCACAUGGUGGAGCAUGGUGCUGAUAACACCAAGGUCAAGUGUUCAGAUCCCUGUACCAGCCAGCCACUGAAAUAAAACAAACAUUUGAGGAAAGUUUAGAAAUCUUAAGAAUGUCACUCUCCUAAAAAGACACUAAUAACACUUUUUACUUUAUUUAUGGUUAUAGUUUUAUUUCCCUGAAUGUCUCAAAAUUCCUAAAGCAAUGCUAACCACCAAUGAUUUGUCUUAUUUUGUAUCAGUGCUGUUAAUUUGAUGUUUCCUGAAGAAAAAGUGCCUUUUCUAUGUUGAUGAUGCCAGAACCUAAGAAACAAUUACGUUGAUGUAAUUAAAAUGGAAGUUUCCUGUGCACUAGGUAUUCAUUAGUUCCCUGAUUAGACUGGAAGAAACCACUAUUUCACGAAAAGCAUGGGGGAUUAUAUUUUAUUCCACAUAAGAGAAUUUAUUAAUGAAUAAAAUGGAUUCCGUGAAUGAACGAAUUCAAUGUUCUUUGAAUUAGUAAACAGUUCAUAUGUGACAAUUAUUUUAAUAAGCCUUCCCUAUACUCCUUAUACAGUUUGCCAUUAUGCAUAGUUUUGAGAAAGCAAACCAAACACAAUUAGAAGGUUGGACCUGAGGGAAAUCUCUUUGUGCCAUAGAAGUAUUUACAAAAUUGAAUUUGAUCAUUAUGUUUUAUUUUGUAGCACAAGAUGUUCAAUUGUGUCUUUAGGUAACAUUUUACAUCAUAGAUUAAAGUUUAUAGUGAACUUUA